AUGGAGAGCAACAGUUCUUCAAAUAUCGAUUUAAGGCUAAUGCCAACCGUGAAACCCACCAUAUUUCCCCGGGUGGGCUACAGCAUACUGUCUUUUCUCAUGUUUAUCAACACGCUUUUCUCAGUCUUUAACAAUUCUUUAGUGAUAUCCGUCAUGUUAAAAAAUACAUAUCUACUGAACGCAAUGAACGUCAUCAUUCUCAGUCUCUCGGUCUCUGACCUCAUGAUCGCCUGUUGUGGUUCUGCGAUCGUGACCGUUACGAACUACCAAGGAUCUUUCUUUUUAGGUGAUGAAUUCUGUGUUUUUCAAGGAUUCGCAGUCAAUUAUUUUGGUCUGGUCUCUCUUUGCACACUUACGUUGCUGGCGUAUGAGCGAUACAACGUGGUGUGUAAGCCAAUGGCCGGCUUCAAACUUAACGUGCGCAGGAGUUGUUACGGCCUCAUGUUCGUUUGGUCAUUCUGCCUCUUCUGGGCCGUGACCCCGCUGUUGGGCUGGAGUUCGUAUGGGCCAGAGGGCGUUCAGACGUCGUGUUCUCUUGGCUGGGAGGAAAGAUCUUGGAGCAACUACAGCUAUCUCAUUCUCUACACGAUCCUCUGUUUUCUACUGCCAACUGGCAUAAUCAUUUACUGCUACACCAAGGUCCUCAUCUUCAUGAGGAAGCUGAACAAAAGCGUGGAGCUUCAGGGAGGCAGGUCUAGUCUGGAGGAGAACGAGCGUGCUGUUCGAAUGGUGCUGGCCAUGAUCGCAGCCUUCUUCAUCUGCUGGUUGCCUUACACCGUCCUGUCUGUAAUCGUCGUGGUCGAUCCUGAGCUAUACAUCCCACCACUGGUCGCUACAAUGCCCAUGUAUUUCGCCAAAACCAGCCCUGUCUACAAUCCCAUCAUUUACUUCCUGAGUAACAAGCAGUUCCGAGACUGCGCUCUGGAGGUUCUGUCAUGUGGCCAUUACAUCCCCCACAGGUCUCCGAAUGAGAGUGUAAAGAUGAUCUCAGCGCCCAGGAGUCGGAUCACUAGCAUGAACAACAGGAUAGUGCCCAUCUGA